AUGUAUAGAAGGCUUGCAUCGUCGUUGCACAAACGAAUAAACUCUAAUAACUUUAAAUGUAACCCGUACAUCCUCAAUAAAAACGUAAAUGACAACAAUGUGUGUGAUAAAAAUGCCCAGGGUGGCAUGGAAUCCCAGCUUAAAUCGCAGAUAUCGCUACAUCCUUCAGUUGUGUUACACCCUGCGAUCCAGUACUCACUAAUUUCAAAUAAGAUAUUAAAGAAUUUGAAUGAUAUUCAGGAAUCGUCGUACUUGUCGAUAGUAAGCGGGAAGGACGUGACAAUCCACUCUCCCAUAGGGACGGGGAAGACUAUCGCAUACCUUUUGCCAAUUUUAAAUAAUGUGUACCAUAUUCACGACAUGUUGGAGAGGUUGAUGGUAAAAGGUGAUCUGAAACUGGCGGAAUCAGAGGUUAAAUUGAGGAAUAUGUCGCUGGGUCGGAGCAGUAGGCUAGGUCACUCGGUGCUUCCUACAACAAUGAGUAACCACGUCCAAGAUAUGGAAGAUUUGGAAUCGUUUGGAAAGAACAUGUUCGAAAUGUACAAAUCGGGGACGACAAUUGAUAAGCUUAUCGACGUUUUAUACUUAAAUGAGCCGCGAAGUCUGAGGUCACUCAAUAUGCCAGCUAUCCCUAUGAAGACGUGGAAAAAGAGGUCUAAAAACUCAAUUUACAGAAAAAUAAUGUCAAAUCCACUGGGUUCAGUAAGAUGCGCAGUUAUUUUGGUCCCAAACAAGGACUUGAUCUCACAGGUUUUAUCAUACAUUGACAAGAUUGACGUACUUGGAAGACUUUCAAUACAAACACUAACGAAUGUGCAGUAUGACACAAGUACAGUGAAAGUAGUCGAAAAUGAAAAGAGUAAUGCUGAUAGAGAGGCUUACAAAAACGGUUUAAAGAAUGAGGAGAUAGAUAAUGAUAGAUUAAGUGGUUGUUCCACUGAGACUGGCGACAAAUCCAUAUUCUAUGAGGAUGAGUUGAAAAUGGUAGAAAGUGUUCCGAUUAAGGAGAUGGGUGAUAUGGAGGUUGAAACCGUGGCUAUGAAUAUGGGAAAUAGAGUAAAUAGGGUUAAAAUUAAGUGUACGGAAGGGGACGACUAUGGAAUUGACGGCAUUGUGCCUGAGUCAGUUCAGUACAAAAAGAGACCGUUAAUAACAUCGGACACCAUACAAUGGGGCUGUGUGGACAUAGUGGUGAGCACUGUGCAGAGCUUCGCCUUCGAAAUCAUGAGCUGUAGCGCUCGGGGGAUAUACCCGGUGUGCGUAGUGUUUGACGAGGUGGACAUGCUUUUUGAAAAUAACGCAAACAGAAGCAGCAUACUUGAAAUAAUAUCGAGGCUGCGUCCAAGGCCACCCAGCUAUAACCCGCUCGUUCACCUGCGUAAGAGGACUUCAAGGCCGCCGCCUCCGGUACAGAUAAUAAACGUGGGAUCCACGAUCAACUUUGGCGGUCUCCAGACCUGCGGGAGCAUGAUUCACGACAGAUUCAGCACCAGUAAGUUGGUGUUUAGCGAACACAACCACCUCAUUAGCCCUGAGCUACGUUUCGAAAGGGCGGACUCCGAAGGUAAACUGAACACCCUGGUUAAGACGAUUGUGAAUAACCCCGUUAAAAAAACGGUUGUUUACUGCAACUCGCUGAGCAGCUGCAAGCUCAUCUACGACACCCUCAGGAAGCACGACUGGCCCGUCAUGUCGUUUCACAGCAGGUCGGCUCUCGCGACCAGACUCGCCAUCUUGAAGACGUUUCAGGACGACGAGCCCAGAAUUUUAGUAGCGACGGACCUGAUUACCCGGGGGAUCAAUUUGGCCGUUGACCACAUCAUAAACUACGACUUCCCUACGUCCUCUUCGGUUUUCUUUCACAGGAUUAAGUCGCCGUCGUCAAGGGUGACCAGCAUCGUCACCGAUGAUGCAGAGUUGCAUACGCAGAUAAAACACUUUUCAUCCAAGAAGAAACCCAUUAACCAGAUUUUAUCCCGGAAGCGUUCUCUGAGGAAGAAACUGGACAGGUUGAAGCUGAAAGGUGGGCCUAGGAUCCACGUUUCUGAGCCGCGUGUCGAAAAUAAGAUCAGCGAUAGGGAUUUUUUCACCUCAAAGAUCCAAAUAAAAAACAGCGUGGAUGGAGACGUAAAAUAUGCCAGAGUGCCACUUAAGCGGAGACUUGCGCCGCUAUUUAAUAAUUACUCAUAA